GAAGCGUCAGGUGAUGCGCAGCUGUUCGACGCGGACUGGGCCGAUUUCCCCGUGCUGUAGCUUCCGUUUCGGGGAUGAUAUUGAUGGCUGCCCGUUGCGCUUCUUCACCGAAUGUUGUUUUUAGGGAGGAAUGGCUGUCGGAGGCCACAGCAAGUCAGCGAAGAGAUGUGCCUUAUCUCGUAUCACGCUGCAGGCACGUCGGUCAGCUGACGCCUGAUCCUACAGCUCCUCCAAUGUGGUCUUUACCCCAUAAAUUUCCCCUCUCCCCACAUACAGCAGACCUCACAGAAUUCUUCCUGCGUAUAACUCCCAAUUACAGCUAGUCAACCUUCCCGUCAUCAUGUUGCGUUGGUAUCAGUCCAAGUUGGCCAAACAGCCAAUCCUCACAUCUGCUGUGUCGAGUGCUGUUCUCUUUGGUUGCGGUGAUAUCUUAGCACAGCAAGCUGUCGACCGGAAAGGCUUCGACAAACAUGAUGUUGCACGAACUGUUCGCAUGGCCGCCUACGGUGGAGCUGUGUUUGGACCGGCUGCCACCACUUGGUAUGUCAUCCUCCAGCGCCAUGUCGCCUUUAAGAACUACUUCAGCACGGUGGCGACUCGGGUCACCCUAGAUCAGGCCGUGUUUGCCCCACUUCACCUGACCGCGUUCCUGUCUUCUAUGGCAUAUUUAGAGGGUGCCGAUCCGAAAGAAAGAUUGCGGACCGCUUUCCUUCCCACCUACAAGGCCAACCUCAUGAUCUGGCCACUCGUCCAGUGCAUUAACUUUUCCAUCGUGCCCCUGGAUUACCGCGUCCUCUUUGUGAACGUGAUCAGUUUGGGUUGGAAUUGCAUCUUGAGUCUACUCAAUAGCGGCGACAAAUAAUUUACAUGCAUUCUAAUGCUCGGGGUGGGCAAUUACUUUUGAGAUACCCUAGAUCCAUACCUGUGAUUAUGGCAAGAACUUCGAAUUUUUGAUCAUAAAAGUGCUUUGAGAUGUAACCUAGACCGCGGGCGCGGACUGAGAUAACGGAGGCGGUUGGGGCAUUCGAUUGUCGGCUUUGAUUUAUUUGCUUCACGAGGUCUAUGAAUGAAUAGUUUUAAUACAAUUUGUGUCCUCAUUUCCA